AAACACAAACCAUUCUCUUUCACCAACACACAACACUAUUGAUCAAAAUCAUUUACUUUUACAUCCUUCACUCAUUUAUUUUUUAAGUUCUUUUCUUCUUUUUUUUAUUGAAAUACUAAAAGAAACAUGGAACGUAAUGUCCUCCUAACGGUUACAUUGAUCUGCAUUGUCGUCGCCGGUGUCGGUGGCCAAUCUCCGGCUUCCUCUCCGACUAAAUCUCCCGACGCUCCUUCUACUCCAACUACUUCUCCCUCCUCCCCACCCGUGGAAGCACCGAAAUCUCCAUCUCCUGUUACCUCGUCUCCGCCGCCAGCUUCUGUUCCCGAGAGCGCUCCUCCGUCACCUCCACCAAAGGCUUCAGCUCCGGUGAGAUCUCCACCGGCUUCAGUACCCGAAGCUGCUACACCUCCAGCUCCGGUAGCCGAUGCACCGGCUCCAAGCAAGGGUAAGAAGCAUCAAAACGCGACGGCUCCGGCUCCCGAACUUGACAGCCCACCUUCACCACCGAUGGAAGCUCCUGGUCCUAGCUCCGACGCCGUGUCUCCUGGUCCGGCCACAUCCGCCAACGAAAAGAGUGGAGCCGAGAGCACAAGUGUAUUGCGGAAUUUAGCAGCGGUGGGAGCGGCUGCAACCGCCUGGGCCGUUCUCGUUAUGGCCUUUUAAAUUAUUUUAGUUAUCAUUUCGCUCCUUCAUUUGUAGCUUCUUUUUUUUGAACCAACGAUUGUCUUUUCGCGUUUGAGUGAUGAGUAUUAUUUAAUUGAUUAUUACAGUUUGUUUUCUUUAUUUUCAUUUGGCAGACAAAUUGAUUUUUCUUA